UCAACUUGACCCCAACAUGCCACCGGUUCCAGAGGAGAUCCUGCGCCCAAGUGGGGAAACACUGAGCGCAUCGUAUUCGCGGCUUUCGGAGAUCAACGGCGAUGCGCACUUGACGCCAGAGCGGCCUCCGUUUUCAUGGGGCAAGUUCUGGUCCUUCGUGGGUCCUGGCUGGCUCAUGAGCAUGGCCUAUCUGGAUCCAGGCAAUCUCGAGGCAGACUUACAGAGUGGAGCAUAUUCACGCUACGAGCUUCUCUAUGUCACGUUCUGGAGUACGGCGCUUGGUGGGCUGUACCAGGUACUAGCUGCUAGGCUUGGCUCCUGCACGGGACGCCACUUGGCCGAGCUCUGUCGAGCCGAAUAUCCUCGUUUCGUCACGAAUGCCGUGUGGAUCAUGAUGGAGCUAGUAAUCAUCGGUUGUGACAUUCAAGAAGUACUGGGCACCGCUAUCGCGCUUCAGAUCUUGUUCGGACUGCCCUUGUGGAUUGGUUGCUUGAUCACUGCUUUGGACACGUUCACCUUUCUGGCCAUCGACCGACGCGGGAACAACAAGAGCAGCCGCUUGCUCGAGACCUUCUUCAUGGGACUUAUUGGUAUCAUGUGCGCAUGUUUCUUCGUCGACUUUACAGUCAGUAAGCCCAGCGGCAUUGAAAUCACCAAGGGCAUCGCCAUCCCGCGCAUUGACGACCAGAACGUGAUGCAAGCUGUCGGUAUGCUCGGCGCCAUCAUCAUGCCGCAUAAUGUCUAUCUGCACUCAGCUCUAGUCCAAUCUCGCAGUCGUCGAGGAACGGGGGCCGGUCCUGUCAAAGAAGCAAACUUUUACUUCGGAUUGGAGGCGGUAUUGGCGCUGUUCGUGAGUUUUCUCAUCAACAUGUUCGUCAUUUCUGCGUUUGCCAGCACCUUCUACAGCCGGGAGUGCGAUCAAUUGGGCGCAGAUCCGUCGUCUGAUGUCUAUAGCGCAGGAAUUCAAACUGCGUGUAUCCCAGCUGCUGCUGCAUUAGUAUCUGGAAACGAUAUCUACAGUGCCUCAAACGGACUUAUUUGUACCUUUGAAAACGGAGCAGUAACAGCGUCGUGCGCUAAGUGUUACACGACAAAGCACAUUGGGGGCUUUUGCCAGCAGGUUGGACUGAAGGAAGCGGGGGCAGCAGUGAGCAGUUCGCUUGGACAAUAUGCCAAAACGAUUUGGGCUGUUGGUUUGGUUGCGUCGGGACAAGCGUCGACAAUGACAGGGACAUAUGCCGGUCAGUUCGUGAUGGAAGGGUUUCUAGAUCUUCGUAUUGCUGCAUGGAAGCGAGUGGCAAUCACACGUACGAUGGCACUGGGGCCUGCGCUGGUAGUGGCGCUGCUGACUGAGUACGACGGAUUCCAUAGUGACAUUGUGAGCGAGAUGAUCAACGUGAUGCAAAGUGUGCAGCUUCCGUUCGCGCUGAUACCGCUGCUCACGUUCACGACCAAUAAGCGGUUAAUGGGAGAGCCGUUCGUCUAUAAUCGAUGGAUCAUCAUCACACUGAUUGUCGGUACACUCGCACUCUUCGCAGUCAACUACACGCUGGUCUUCCGGACGCUGCAGCAGAGUUUCGAUCUGUCGUCCGAGGGCUGGACUAUCGUGGCUGUGGCAGCCACGUUCUACGGCGCACUGGUGCUGUAUUUAAUGGCAUUCCCGUUCGUCUCCUGGUAUAAGUCAAGGCGCUAGGUUAUAGAUACUUUCGCGCCACGUCGCAUAUGUUGAAGACAACUCGGCGUAGCUGUGAUUGGUGCAUCCAAACUUUAAAAAUCAAAUAGGAUUGGUCAAUAUCCAUCACACUUCCAAA